AGGGCACCUGCACUUCGGGACCCCCGUCGUCCCCUGGCCACCUUCCCCCACCAGCCCAAGCCGAACGGCGCCCUCCACGUCCCCGGCUGUCCCCUCUGCCACCAUGAGGAACAUCUUCAAGAGGAACCAGGAGCCCAUCGUGGCUCCUGCCAGCACUACCGCCACAGUGCCAGUUGGACAUGCUGACAACUCUACAGAGAGCGGGGGUUCUGGGGAGAGCCAGGAGGACAUGUUUGCCAAGCUGAAGGAGAAAUUCUUCAAUGAGAUCAACAAGAUUCCCCUGCCACCCUGGGCUCUGAUAGCCAUCGCCGUGGUCGCUGGCCUCCUGUUGGUCACCUGCUGCUUCUGCAUCUGCAAGAAGUGUUGCUGUAAGAAGAAAAAGAACAAGAAGGAGAAGGGCAAGGGCGCAAAGAAUGCCAUGAACAUGAAGGACAUGAAAGGAGGUCAGUUCUCGCAGGAUGACGAUGAUGCCGAGACAGGCCUGACAGAGGGAGAAGGUGAAGGAGAGGAGGAGAAGGAGCCGGAGAACCUGGGAAAACUGCAGUUUUCCCUGGACUAUGAUUUCCAGGCUAACCAGCUCACUGUGGGUGUCCUGCAGGCGGCUGAGCUCCCUGCCCUGGACAUGGGGGGCACUUCAGACCCCUAUGUCAAAGUAUUCCUCCUCCCAGACAAGAAGAAGAAAUAUGAGACCAAAGUCCACCGGAAGACACUGAACCCUGCCUUCAAUGAGACCUUCACUUUCAAGGUGCCAUAUCAAGAGCUGGGGGGCAAAACCCUGGUGAUGGCUAUCUAUGACUUUGACCGCUUCUCCAAACACGACAUUAUUGGAGAGGUAAAGGUGCCCAUGAACACCGUGGACCUUGGCCAGCCCAUCGAGGAAUGGAGAGACCUGCAGGGCGGGGAGAAGGAGGAGCCAGAGAAGCUGGGUGACAUCUGCACCUCCCUGCGCUACGUGCCCACCGCUGGGAAGCUCACAGUCUGCAUCCUGGAGGCCAAGAAUCUCAAGAAGAUGGACGUGGGCGGCCUUUCAGACCCCUACGUGAAGAUCCACCUGAUGCAGAAUGGGAAGAGACUCAAGAAGAAGAAGACCACGGUGAAGAAGAAGACCCUGAACCCCUACUUCAACGAGUCCUUCAGCUUCGAGAUCCCCUUCGAGCAGAUCCAGAAAGUCCAGGUAGUGGUCACCGUGCUGGACUACGACAAGCUGGGCAAGAACGAAGCCAUCGGCAAGAUCUUUGUGGGCAGCAAUGCCACUGGCACAGAGCUGAGGCACUGGUCUGACAUGCUAGCCAAUCCCCGGAGGCCCAUUGCCCAGUGGCACUCUCUUAAGCCCGAGGAAGAAGUGGAUGCACUUUUGGGCAAGAACAAGUAGGCAGCAGUGGGGGCCACGCGCCCUUCACGGAACUGACCAGAUCCAGAGCUAUCAAUACCUCAGUUAUGCGACCUGAGAGGUGUUUUUUUUUUUUUUUCCAUUUGUUUGUGGUGUAUUCUGUUUUUCUUUCCUUUUUAUUUUUUUAAGGACCAAUUUCCCUUUGAUGACUGCGUGAGGAGAGUCCCCUACGAGGUGAAAGAGAAGCCUGGCUCUGUUCGUUGUCCUCAGAGCUGCCCUUGCUGCAUGCCCUAUCAAGUUUUCCCCCACUCUCUCAAAGCUUCACUUAAGCCUCACCCUGAACGAGGCCCUGAACUGGCAGAAAGUGGAAGCGAUUCCUGGUUUUUGUGGGUUUUGGACCAACAAAAUCGCAGCACGUCCUGUUUCCUGACAGUGAAGGCGGCAGUAACUGACAAAAGUGUGUGUGUGUGUGUGUGUGUGUGUGUGUGUGUGUGUGCGUGCGUGCCUGUCUUUGAGUCUCUCUUCACUCCGUGGAAUGAGCAAUGAACAGAGCCUCUGUGUGAGAAGAGAAGGCUCCUCAGGGACAAGGUGAAGAAAGUCCACUGUCUUUGUGGGACAUCUAUGGGCUUGGGAACAGGCCAAAGAUCCUGGGCAGAUGUUGGAAGUUCUCACACCCGUUGUGAGUGGCUGUUUGGAAGGCAGAAGGUGUGGGUACUAAUGUGUCCUGAACUAGGACCAGAACCCUUGCUGUUAUUAUGGACUUCCUCUUGUCACUCAUGGUUUUCCCAGAAGUGGGGUUUCUGGGACAUUCAUAGAAAUGAACUAUCGGUCAGACUCUUAACAGGGACUGUUGGAGACUGUCAGUCCCGGGAUCUCACUCUUGUUGGCAAUGAAUAUCAAACUAUGAAGAACCAGAAGUCCCAUUGCCUGGAAAGCCUAAAAUUAAACUCUUGGAUCUUUGCCUUGUCCGGUGGGAAACGGACGCUAUCUUCCUCGCCAGAAUAUAGGCAGUGCAGUUCAUUUGCAUUUUCUUGGCCAUUGUGCUUUUGUUUCUCUUUUCGUUUAAGUGGAAAAACACUGUCUGAAGACAGUGUUAUCUGUACAGAGCCCGAGAACUUUAAGAGGAAGGCUUAAAUGUUUAGUUUCCCCGAGGUCCAGGUAAGGAGGACAUGGUAAGAAGGGGAGGAUGGACAGACGGUGAUUUCCUGGGAUGAGACUGAUGGGAAUACUGCCUUCUCCCAACUCCCAUUCCUGACUUCCUGGACCCUCUGCCCUUGACGCGAGGGGCUUAUUUGUAGGUGAGUGGCCCAGGACAACCUGGGAAGAGGCCCCAGCCUUCCGCCCACUUGUCAGAGACACUUCUGUCUAGGAAUGCCAGGAACUGAAGGGCGGCGGAGGAGACCUGCUAGGGUUUCGACCCUAUGUUCAGUCGUGUCCCAUUUCCUUUUUACUGUUUGUCCCCAGAAUUGAUCAAAAGCCAUAUAUAUGUCAGUCAAGUUUGCACUGAAUCCCCUUCUAAACUUUCAGCCUGGGCAAGAGUUAGGCCCCCAUGUGACCAGAGGUCAUCCCUGCUUGUCUCCCUUCCUUUGGCCUCUCUCCUGUCCUUGAAGCUCUCAGGCUUUCGCCAUUUCCUUACCAUAGAAAACUCACGGCUCCCCGGAAGCCUGCGUGGGGAUCACUCUCUUCCUCAACAAGUUUGACAGCACCUCCCUGUCCUGCCCAUCAGAACCGCGUCAGCUUCCUGUAGCUGCCCGACAUAGAUGAUGGAGUCAGGCUGCGAGGACCCAGCGUGAAGAAGGCGCAGUGUCCUUGUUUUUUAUUGAAACGAGGGAUAUUUGCUUUUGCUUUGUACUGUUUUGGGGUUGAACCAGGACGUGAGGGAACAUCUUCACCAGAAGCAGACCAUGACACAGGUUUGGCCUGCCUCUCUUCAGAGAGCCUUCUUCCUGCCAGUGGCUCUUGGGACACUGGAAGUUGCAUAUUUAUACACGGUGUGUGUGUAACAGUGGGAAGGCAGGACUUUGGUAGAAUGUUGCAGGACUGUAGGCCACAUUCAGAAUCCAGGUGGCUGCAGAGUCCCAAGUUCCAGAAGUCACCACACUCUUGUCCCUUCCCCAGAGCUGCGGGGUUUUGGUGCUUUCUCAGGGUCCCUCCCCACACACACUCUCCUCACCCCCACUCCACAAACCUCCCUCACAGGCACUCCUUCCUGGCAAUCCUGCCGCGCUCUACGUGCAUCGUUUUGCCCUUUACCAGUCCCUUCUCUGCCCGUGAACCUCACCCAGCCACUCCAGAGCCCACACUUUGUCAUUCUUCAACAAGAAGGGAAGGGGCAUGGCAGGAGCCCCUGUAGUUUGAGUGUCCCUGGGCUUGGAGAUGAGAGGUGGAUUUUAUCCCGUGUCCAGCCUGCCAGGGUGGAGACAGCGUGCAGAGACUUUGCCUCUGGGCACCAUGGUGGAGCUGGGGUCCGGGCUGGGGCCACUUGCUCCUUGGGUGACUAGCCAUGCAAGUAGACAGUAUCUGUCCAGGUCCAGGGGCGAGGCAGGCACGUGCUGAUGCUGGGGCUAACGUGACCCAAGCCACAGAGCAUCAUUCCAGCCCCUCACCGCCAUGUAGCUUGAUUUCUGGGGAUGUCAGGGUCCAGGACUGUGGGCACUACGUAAGACUAUGUCAGAGUGUCUGGCUAGUGAGGGUUUCCGGAUGCCCCUGGACUGUAUUUUCAUCUGAAAGUGUGAGCCAGAGAGAGGAAAGUACUUAGUAGAGUUGAUUUUUUUUUUUUU